GGGAGGGGGUCACAUGACUGUGCAGCAGCCUAAUGUUAUGACUAGUACAGUACUUGGGAAGGACAUUGAUAUUUCAAUAUUAUGACCAAGGUGGAUUAGGCUGUGGUGUGAUGUCAUUAUACUACAGGUGGAGCAGCCUCAUGUGUCCUGUUGUUUAUUCUUACUGCUUUCCCCUUCCACCCCUGUUCCCCUCUCCCCAUGUCUAUAUCACUUCUGCUCUCCUGUGUACUCUCCCACCCUUGUGCCCCCUGUAAUAUAAUAUAUGAGAUAUAGGAUGCUGAUACAUUUGCUCUUCAAAUGAUUGGUCACUCUUCCGCUAAGCACGCAUGUGCACACCCCCCAAUCACUGUGGGUAACUGGGGUAACCUGAGGAAGCGCUGGUUGGGGCAUGACACCAGUAGCGCUGCCAGAGGAUGUGUCCUGCCCAUCCACAGGAGAACGUGUACUUGUCUAUAUCCCCUUACUGUCUUAAAUGAGGAUGGAGGAGGCCGGGAGUCACAUGACUGAGAGAAUAUUGGAUCUCACCCUGGAAAUCAUCUACCUGCUGACUGGGGAGGAUUAUAUAUUAGUGAAGAAGGCAUCUGGUAAGGAUGGGACACGCAGCAGCCAUCCCCAUUUGUCAGGAGGACUCAGCAGGAUCCAGAGCCCCAUCAUAGUGCCUUCACCUAACUCACUGAUACAUGAGAGACACAAUGACCAGAAGAUCCUGGAACUCACCAACAAGAUCAUUCAGCUGCUGACUGGAGAGGAGGGGGAGUAUAUAGAGGAACACAAGGGUCUGUACAAGGACGUGAUGAUGGAGAAUCACCGGCCCCUCACAUCACUGGAUGGGCCCAGUAACAGGAAUACCCCAGAGAGAUGUCCCCCUCCUCUUUAUUCCCAGGAUCAUACAGAGGAGAGUCACAGUGCCCCACAGGAGGGUCAGGAAGAAAACCUCAGCAACUUUCAAAUUGCUAUCAAACAAGAGAUAAAAGAGGAGCAGGAUGUGAUUAUUAAGGGGGAGGAAAUCCCUACAGAUGUCGGCACAGAUGGACACUACAGCGGUAAUACUUCCGAAGGAUGUUUCAUAUUAUCCUCCAAUUGUGAAAUACAUGAUAACAACAACACGAAAGAUUCUGGACCCAAAGCCGGCGCUACGACAAAGAUGCAUCCAGUAGCUCACCGUGCUGACUUUCCAUCUAACCUAUGUAAACAAGAGAAAUGUUUUCCUGAUAACUCAGAUGGUGUAACCCAUAGAUCCGUUCCUAGAGGUGAUAAUAUAUUUCCAUACUUUGAUUAUUAUAAAUGCUUUCUCCAGGAUGCAAAUGUUACACAACAUCGGGGAACUAGUAUAAGCGAGAAGCCGUUUACAUGUUUGGUGUGUGGGAAAUGUUUUACGCACCAUUCAUAUCUCAUGAAACAUCAGAGAAUCCACACAGGGGAGAAGCCCUUUCAAUGCUCCGAGUGCGGGAAAUGUUUUACAGACACCUCGGGCCUUGCUAAGCAUCACAGAAUCCACACGGGUGAGAAGCCCUUUCAGUGCUCAGAGUGUUGGAAAUGUUUUACGUAUAAAGCAGAUCUCAUUAGACAUCACAGAAUUCACACAGGGGAGAAGCCAUAUCCGUGCUCCGAGUGUGGGAAAUACUUUAUAGACAAAUCCAGCCUUUCCAAACAUCACAGAAUCCACACGGGGGAGAGGCCCUUCUCAUGUCCCGAGUGUGGGAAAUGUUUUGCGCGCAAGUCGCAUCUUGGUAAACAUCAGAUAACUCACACGGGCGAGAGGCCGUUUCAGUGUCUGGAGUGCGGGAAAUGGUUUGGCCGUAAAUCGCAUCUUGUAACUCACCGGAUAAUACACACCGGUGAGAAGCCGUAUAGCUGUACCGAAUGUGGGAAAUGUUUUGCCCAAAAAUCAGGUCUCAUUAUACAUCGGAGAAUACACACAGCCCAAAAACCAAUUUCCAUGAGUUUAGUGGAAACCCGUGUGACACAGUUGCAGCUGAAUUCUGUAUAAGACAGUUACAUUUAUUACUACAAAUGACACAAAUAAGCAGAAACUGUAUAAUAAGAAAAGUAUAUUGGUAUCCUUGAGUAGUGGGACUUCUUUUUUUUUUUUUUUGCAAAAAAUACAUCUCAGCCGUAACGUGAUACGACUAGGACACGAGACUAUGCUGAGUAAUUUGAUAUGCGACACUUGUAUAUCUGUGUGUGUCUAUUUGUGAAGUACAACAGAACAUGGUAUGGGAAAAAUCUGCGGCCGCUACAUCGUAGCACUUUGUAUGCAGAUUCAGAGAAUCAGGGCUGGAUGCUGAGGUGGAUGCAUGAGAGGGGCUGCACACAGAUUCCCGAUUGCGUCUGCGAUGUUGCCCGCAUUUCCCCUCUGCUGCUGCCUGGGCAUCGGCGAUGAGUUGGUGGAUUCUGGGAGGUGAGAGCCAACGGACUGCGUGUCACCACCGAUGGUCGCGAUGCUGGAUCCCAGCUUGUGAUGUCGGUCGUAGUGCUGGGAUCGCAGGUACAUGCAGGAGGCAUUUCUUCUCCUGAGACAUCUACUGCAUUUCCCUCCUAGUAAUCGGAUGUUGCAUUGAAUUUCCAUUCAUCUCUGCAUCAGGCCUUCAGUCGCACACAGAUAUACUAGUGUCGCAUAUCAAAUUACUUAGCACAGUCUCCUGGUGCAUCAUAGUUGCAUUAUGUUGUGGCUAAGACGCAUUUACGGGCAAAAAAAUGCUAGCAGAGUCUUACGGGACUUGGUGCGCGGAGAGGGGCUAUUUGACGUGACUGCAGCAAAGGUGUAUGAAGAACAUUAUCUUUCCUAUUCGAUGUCAGCAUCUCUUUCAGUAAUCGCACCUCGCUCACUUACUCUUUUGAUUGUUUCAAAUUGUUAAGAAAGCCGUUGGUAUUGUUUAAUUUGCGUGCUGAUAAUAGCCCCGGACGAACAAAGACUACACAUAUGAGCAGUUUAGCAUCCGGCAAUAAAAGUAUAACACAGGUUUGUUGUGGAUAUAUUGGGGGAUAUUCAAUUGUUUGAAAAAUUAGUCAGGUGUCUGGUUUUUUUUUUUUAAAUCGAAUAGGAUAAAACAGACACCCAACCGACUUUUCAAACAAUUGUAUUCCCCCCUAUAGAAUCAUUAACAGUGUCCCCAAUGUGGCCUUCCCUGGAUUACACCUUUCCCAAGUGCCGAUACCACAGGUAAUGUGUAGCAUCCGCAGAUGGAGACUCUUUGGCAGAGGAAUGGAAGGGUCAAAACACAUUGUGCGUCGGCAGUAUCACUAAUCGAAGGACACAUUGGGCCAAAUUCAGAGUUGAAUGCAAGUCUGUUUUGUGAACAGGUCCUCCAAUGUAUUUUUCUGUUUGCAUUGGAUAUACGGAUGACUGCAUCCCAGCCGCAUCUUCACUUGCGGAAAAGUGGCCGUAACUGGGCGUCCACACGUAGGCUAAGUGUCCCGUGUUGAGCGUACGCAGAACAACAUCUGAUUGAAAGAUGGGGAUGGUGUUAGUGUGUGCUCAUCAGCAUGAUAACUGUUCUCACAAGCAGAUUGGUUAAGUAGUGAGGUGGCCAGUGCUGAACACACAUGCGCAUGUUCUUCCAAGAAUGCGGUGCAGCCGAUUGGCACAUGUUCCAUCUCUCCAGAUCCUUUAAAUGUAGGUUAGUCCUUGUUUGCUGUGACGGUCCUCGUCCCGUACAUUGUGAUUCAGCUCAGGUGAUGUUGAGGCACACUAAUCAUCAUCAUGGUUUGUGUAUAAGGCAGAGGGAAGGAGAGAACAGAUGCUGAGGGGGUGAGAGAAGGAAAUGUGGUAAGUGUAGUAUGGGGAGUAAGCUGCCUAGGGUUAAAGCCGGGUACGACACUAUACCAUAUAUUGGCCAAUCGUGCAAUCCGCGAUAGAUGACAUUGUUUGAUGGUCUGCUGGCACCUUCCCAUUGGAUGUGCUACACGUCAGAUGGGACGAGGUACCGUUAUCUGGCCUUUAGGUUAACAGCACCUAGGUCGACACUCAUUAGGUCGACCACUAUUGGUCGACAUGCAUUAGGUCGACAUGGGUUUUUCACUUUUUUUUUUUUUUUUACUUUUUCAUACUUUACGAUCCACAUGGACUACAAUUGGGAAUAGUAACCUGUGCUGAGCGCAGUGAGGCACCUUGGCCGAAGCUUGGUGAGCGAAGCAAGCCAUGCAAAUGGAUAUGGUGCACUGAUUGGGGCUCCCAGUCACUUUACAAAGAAAACGACACCCAAAAAAUAUAGAAAACUCAUGUUGACCUUUUCCACGUCGACCGAAUGACUGUGUCAACCUAGUCACUGUUGACCAAUAGCAGUCAACCUAGUUACUGUCGACCCUUUGAUCCACACCCCGAGGCAACGUAUGAUGCGGUAUCGUUACCCCUGUAAUGACGUAUCAUGCUAUCAUACAGUGGAUCAGGUAGUGUGCGUGCCGACACGAUAUAUCAUUACAUCAUAUCAAACCCUAUAGAUUGUAAGCUUGUGAGCAGGACCUUCCUACCUCUACGUCUGUCUGUUGUAACCCAGUUUUGUCCUAUCACUGUUGUUUCUAAGUGUAAAGCGUAACGGAAUAUGCUGCGUUAUAUUAGAAACGUAAUGAAUAAUAAAUAACGGUCGCUAGACUCUUAAUUGCUGCAAAACUUCUUCCAGAAUGUGGAAAUUCUUCUUAUGUUCAAUGACUUUAUCCUUAUGAGAGGUUUCUUGUACAGUAUUGAACACUGGUGGUAAUGAUCUGUUUGAACAUACGCUGUAUAUUUUAUUGUCUGUUUACUUUUUUU